AUGCUGUCAACACUGCUCCCCCAGGCACCAACACAUAUCGAUAGGCUCCCAACCGACAAGGUCGAAGUGCCGGAGGUCGAAUUCGAGCCUGUGACGGUCGAUCAGCUUGUUCGGAAUCGUGCUUCGCUAGGCCCGUCGCAGCCUGUGGUAUACUACCCGCGGACCGGAAUAGAAUACUCAGAGUUCCCAUUACACCAACUUGACGUAUUCGCCUAUCGUGUUGCCAACAUAUUGGCCGAGGUUAUUCCACUUCGGACCUCGUCAUCACAGACGCCGAUAGUCGUUGCGCUGCUAGGGCCGUCAGAUCUGAAUUAUCUUGUUUUGAUGCUGGCCCUGACAAAACUCGGUCAUUCCGGCUUGCUACUUUCAACCAGAAUCUCAGUCGAGGCGCACGUAUCUCUGGUAGAGAGGACGAACGCGCAGCACAUCUUCGUCCAUAGCUCGCUGAAAGACACAGCUAGGAAGGUCCAAGAACGAGUCCCAUCUCUACAAGUGCAAGAUAUCCCGACGGAGGAGAACUACGACUACCCGGUGUCGGAAGACCCCAUCGACACGAACCUUUCAUCGCAUCUCAACUCCGAAACCGAAGCAAACCAUGUCGCCUGGAUCAUCCACUCAAGUGGAAGCACGGGACUCCCCAAGCCGAUUUUCCAAACCCAGCGUGCCGCCAUCAAGAACUAUGCGGGAAAUAUGAACAUGCGCGGGUUCAUCACGCUGCCGCUGUACCAUAACCAUGGAAUCUGCUGUCUCUUUCGCACGAUAUACUCUUGCAAGUCGUUACACUUGUACAAUCCGGGGCUUCCGCUGACCAGCAAGUACCUAGUUGAGAUCAUGCAGUCUCAUUCGUUUGAGAUUUUCUAUGGUGUCCCAUACGCGCUCAAGCUGCUUGCGGAGUCGGAGGAGGGGAUCAAAGCGCUGGCGAAUCUCAAGGCUGUCAUGUUUGGGGGGUCCGCGUGUCCAGAUUCGUUGGGGAACCUGCUUGUUGAGAAUGGCGUUUAUCUCAUCAGUCAUUAUGGAUCAACCGAGACUGGCCAACUUAUGACAUCCAUGCGACCACGCGAGGAUAAGCGAUGGGACUGGAUGCGCCCGUCUGAUGCUGUGAAGAAGUUCCUACGAUUCGAGGAGCGCUUCCCCGGCGUUUACGAGUCAGUCGUCCUGGACGGCUGGCCGUCAAAGGUCAUGUCAAACAGACCUGACAACGCUUACGCAACCAAAGAUUUGUUCCUAAAGCAUCCCGAAAUCGAGGCGUACAAGUACUAUUCGAGGCUGGAUGACACAAUUACCCUCGUGAACGGUGAGAAAGUGAUCCCGCUGGAUCUGGAAGGACGCGUGCGGCAGCUCAGUGUCGUCGCAGACGCACUCGCUUUUGGCGUGGGCAAGUCCAGCAUCGGGCUGGCGGUCAUCAGGGCGCCGGAUGCAGCGACAUUGACCGAUGAGCAAAUCAUUGAAGCUAUUUGGCCGGCCGUGGAGGAGGCUCAUGAGACGCUCCCCGCGUACGGACAGUUAUCGAAAAGCAUGGUUCGCGUCCUACCCGCCGACGCCGUCUAUUCGCGCACAGACAAGGGUACUGUGAUCCGGCAGGCAUUUUACCGUGAUUAUAGUGAUUUGAUCGAGGCCUCUUAUGAGGCUGACGAUGCGAUGACGGGGACCCUGUCACUGUCAGAGGAGGAGCUGAAGGAGUUCCUGCGGAAGCAGUUGCCCGAUAUCCUCCCCGUCAAGGAUGCGAAUGAGCUCACUGGUGAUGCCGAUUUCUUCUCACUUGGGAUGGAUUCUCUGCAAGCAACGCAGUUGCGUUCGGUGCUGGUCAAGAAUAUCAACAGCAAGGGUCGGAAGUUAGGGCUAAACGUGGCAUUCGAGCACCCGACUAUCAACGCCCUCGCUCGUCACCUCUGUUCCCUUGGCUCCGGUACUCUGCAAGCGGAGGUGUCUAUUGAAGGGCAGAUGGAGGCUUUGAUAUCGAAGUACAGCAAUUUCGAACAACACACACCUUGCCCUAACGGGCUGAGCGGGCGAUAUAUUGUCGUCACUGGUGCCACCGGCUCCCUUGGCUGCCACACGGUUGCCCACUUGGCUAACCUUCCCAACGUCCAGAAGGUCUACUGCCUCAUCCGUGCCUCAUCGCCGCUAGACGCCUACGGGCGCCUUCUACAAUCCCUCCGAACCCGCAAGCUCUAUGAAACGCUCUCUUCCUCCGCAAAGAACAAGCUCAUCGCUCUUCCCUCCGAACUCUCCCUUCGGACCCUCGGCCUUGACAAUACAACCUACAACUCCCUCACGAGCGAAAUCACGGACAUUAUCCACUGCGCCUGGUCCGUAAACUUCAAUCUACACCUCACCAGCUUCGAGCGCGACAGCAUCGCAGGCCUCCACAACCUCAUAACCCUCUGUCUCCGCGCCCAACGGCCCUCUCCGGCAACAAUGAACUUCUGCUCCUCAAUCUCCGCCGUCGUCCGCUCCACGACGCCCGAUAUCCCCGAGACAUUACCUCCUUCUCUCACCUGCGCACAGAACAUGGGCUACGCGCAGUCGAAGCUCGUCGCAGAACACAUCUGCAUCAACGCCGCGCAGCAAACGGGGAUCCGGGCACGGGUUCUGAGAAUCGGACAGGUCAUCGGAGACUUAAAGUAUGGAAUUUGGAACACAACAGAGGCGAUCCCGCUUAUGGUUCAGAGUGCGUUGACGACGGGGGCGUUGCCGAAGAUCGAUGAGUGGCAUCGUUGGUUGCCUGUUGAUGUUGUUGCGGGGACGAUUAGUGAUAUUUCGCUGUCGUCGUCGGAUGUCGUUACUACUACUACUACUACUACUACUACUACUACUACUACUACUACUACUACUACUGGGGUGACUGGAACUUCGCAAGAGGGUGCAGGUGGCGCGAUUUAUAAUAUCAUCUCCCCGCACCCCUUCCAUUGGACGAGCGAUCUCCUCCCGUACCUCCGGUCUGCGGGGUUGGAGUUUGAGGAAGUGAGCCCGCCUACCUGGAUAGCGAAACUGCGGAAGUCGAACCCUGAUCCUGCGGUGAAUCCGUCUAUCAAGCUUGUUGAAUUCUUCGCGGGCAAGUAUGAUACUGAUAAGCCGAGGAAGGGGUUUGAGUGGCAUACAAGUCGCACUGAGGGGUUUUCAGAUGUGUUUAGGGAGGCGAUGCCUUUGGACGCGGAGCUGGUGGGGAAAAUGGUGGGAUUUUGGAGGGAAGAGGGGUGGAAGGCUUAG